AUGAUCUGCAUAGUCAUCCUUGGGGCUGCAGCGUACUUCCACGUGGACUCUCUGGAGAGCAAACCCCGUGAUACCGGCUCACGAGUCUUCACACGUGUACCAUCGUGGCUAUACGUCUGCCUCCUUGCCAUCUUCUGUAUCCGUAUAGGCUCGUGGGCCUCAUACAAGACUACGGUGGCCUAUCAUCCAAUCGAUAUGCUCAUUUACGAUGCACAAACUCGACAUGAGCAUUAUAUCAACCAGACGUCUUCCAGCAAGAAUGUCCUUGAAGCAGUCGCUACUUAUCGUCUAAGGUACGGUAGACGCCCUCCACCUGGCUUCGAUCAUUGGUAUGCUUAUGCCACGGCGCGCAACUCGGUCGUCAUCGACGACUUCGACAGCAUAGAUCGCGACAUUCGACCAUUCUUCGCGCUGCCACCGGUAGAAGUCCGUGAUCGGACGUGGGCGCUGAUAGCCAACCCGUGGAACGAUGCAGCAGGAAUCAGCAUUCGUGGCGGACAGGCAUCCAUAAGUCCUAAUGUGGUGCCAACACAUCGAUGGAUGCUGGAUGGGCUUGUGGAGAUGAUUAGCAAGUUCGCCGAGUUCCUACCCGAUAUGGACUUGGCAUUCAAUCUCAACGAUGAGUGCAGGAUCGCAGUCCCAUAUGAGGAUGUUGAAAGUAUGCGCGCCGUGACAUUACCUACUACGUCUGCCGACACUGAGAGAAACGAGUUCAGCCAAGGCCGAGCGGAGCAGUGGACGCCAAUACCCCAGGAACCAACCUCCGAGACGCCACUUCACGAACUCUCCUGGCAGCGCACAUUCUAUGACUUUGGCAGUGUUGGCUGCCCGAAAAGUUCUCCAGCGCGCAGUGACAGACACUGGCAGGUGGGCGACACUUGCACUUCCUGCACACAGCCUCAAUCCCUCGGAGCUUUCCUGGGCAACUGGUCAUUAGCGGGCAACGUCUGCCACCAGUCCGACCUUGCGAACAUGCAUGGUAUCUACCUCUCCCCAGCCGCCUUCAAAGCUUCGCACGAACUGUAUCCGAUAUUCUCACAAUCAAAAGUCCAUGGAUUCAACGACAUCCUAUACCCAUCAGCAUGGAACUAUAUCGACAAAGCCAAAUACGCUCCUCCCGAAGAGCGCCCAGACCCAUCGUACAUGGACAAGAAUACGACACUUUUCUGGCGUGGCGCGACAUCAGAAGGCGUCAGUCAUGGCAUGGGUCAGUGGCGUGGUAUGACACGCCAGCGCUUCGUGCAUCUGGCAAAUAAUAUCAAUGGUAGUGGAGCUGCACAGCCACUUUUGAUCCCACAGGCUCCGUUCGUGGAAGGACGACAUACGCACUCGCAGCUCGCGUACUCAAACGUGCCAAUCGCGGAUCUGGCGGAUGCGCUGUCGACAGAUGUUCAUGUCGUGGAGUUCAUCGCACGCUGUGGUGGCCGCGACUGUCCUCAGCAAGAGACCGAAUUCGGACCACUCGUCGCACCUACCGACUUUCAAGACCAUUGGCAGUACAAGUUCCUCCUUGAUCUAGACGGAGCAGGUUUCAGUGGCCGUUUCCUGCCAUUCCUCCAAUCACAUAGUCUACCAUUCAAAGCAGGUAUCUUCCGCGAAUGGUGGGACGACCGUGUGACGGCAUGGCAACAUUUCGUGCCUCUUGACGUACGAGGCCAUGGCAUGUGGGCCACCCUCGCUUACUUCGCUGGCGUCAAUGGCACAAUCAACGGAAGACAUGUCGCCGUCGGCGCCCAUCUGGAUGAGGGUGAGCGGAUUGCUGAACGCGGGCGGACCUGGGCGAAUCAAGUUCUGAGGAAAGAGGACAUGGAGAUCUACUUCUUCAGACUGCUGCUGGAGUGGGGUCGACUGACGGAUGAUGCGAGAGAUGAAAUUGGAUACGAUGUCAAUGCUGGAUAG